AUGAUUGUCGCAUCUUUGAUAUUUUGGUUUUUAUUGAUCAGUCAUCGUCUUGUCUUAUAUCGAAUCGAAAAUGGAAGUUGUGGACCAAAGUCAACAUCGAAUAUAUACGUUGAAUGGGAUGAAUGGUUUGAAGUCGCUACAUCAGCUAUCUUGCCACCAGUUGUUAUGUUCAUAUUUGCUUUUCUUUUAAUUCGAAGUGUUCGAGAAAUAAUCGAACGACGUAUUAAUCCAACAGCAGAUGAUAUCUCACCUCAAGCACACAAUUUAAACAAAAAUGCAACUCUUCUUGCACAAAUGAGCUCAAAACUAACCAUCAUGUUAUUAUUACAAUCAGUACUUGUUGUGAUAACGUAUGUGCCAUAUGCAGUUGAGUUAGCUUAUACAAGUAUAACUGAUGAUUGGCCUAAAACACCUUUACAGAAAGCUGGAGAGAAAAUUUUUACUGAAUCAACGCAUUUAUUGUCAUAUGUUUUUUUCGCAUCAAGUUUCUAUAUCUUAUUAUUUACUAAUUCCGGAUUUCGUCGGCAAUUUAAACGUUCUUUCGGAAUUGAAAAAGAAAAUGAUCGUGCAAUGUAUCAAGGUACAACAUUGCGUACUCAAACCAAUGUUCCAAUUCGUUGA